AUGAGGGAAAGUUUCGAGUCCCUCUUCAGCGCUUCCACCUCCUCCGCUGUUUCGCAGCAUCGGGCCUCCCGGCCUCUCCGCCGGUCUGCCUCCACACAGACGACUCCGCUCUUUAUUUUGCAGAUCCAGAGCCAGGAUGUUCAGUCCAGCUCAGUGGUGAGCGCCUUUCAGCCUGAUGUGGACUCAAAUCUGCACAGAGCAGACGGGUUCAGAUCUGGGUGCUUUGCCACAGCGUGGUCUUCAGUGCAGCAGGACAGACAGCUGUUUUCUCACCUCUGUCCACCCGCAGGAGACAACAGCAGAGACAGAGGUGGGCGAAGCAGAUGGGUGACUCCACUCCAGACAUCAGAGCGUCCUGCGAUCAAAGACAAGCGGCGACAAAAGCGGAGAAAGAGGAGCCUGAAGGUGGACUGUGCAGGGAAAUAUGUGGGGCCAUCGCGGGCCGAGAAAGAGGAGGACGCCCGGCUCUGCGAGUGGUUGGAAAGUCUCGGCCUUGCAGAGAGAAAUGACGCCACGAAGCAGCAGCGUCUCUUUGUGUCCAUGUGCAGGGAGCAAGAGACGAGCCAAAGGAGAGAUAGACGCCCCCAUUUCCUGCCUCCCCUCUAUCAGUCCGACUCCCUCCUACAUGUGCCCCUCCUGCUCCCUGAAAACUCCCCGCCGCCGUCACCCUGCACUUACACGAACCCGUCCAUCCGUCCUCUUCCUGUGCCGCUGCUGCAGCCGCUCACGCUGAGGAGGAACAUCAAGUAUCUAUCUGUCCGUGUGUCCGUCCAGGUGUGCUACCAUGAGGCUUUACCUUUGUGCUCCCGCUUCUUCCCGUACAUGGCCUUGCUGCAGUCUCUGGUGCUGGUGGCCAGCGGCUCCUUCUGGCUCCACUUCCCCCACACCUCCUCCCGCAUCGAACACUUUCUGGCCAUCUUGGCAAAGUGCAGCGAGUCUCCCUGGACAUCUCAGGCCCUGUCGCACGCCGCCCGGCAGGAGAGCAUCCAGGAGAAGGAGGUGAUAGAGGAGAGACGACCACUUCAACUUCCUCUCUCUUCAGUGUCAUCAUCACCCCCGGUAACCCGAACGAGACAAACGAGUGUAGACUCGGGCACAGACAGUCCAUCCUUCGCUCCCCCUCCGUCUCCGAGUCCUUCCACACUCUCCUGUGACUCCACCAUGUCCUCGACGUCCAUCAGCUCCCAGGUUCACUUUCCUUCUUCCAAACCCCCGCUCGUGGUCGACAGUCCCCGGCAGGUGAUCAGUCUGGACAAAAGUGACGGGGAACAGGCCAGGGCGCUCUUCGAAAGGGUCAGGAAAUUUCGGUCUCACUGCGAAGACUCAGACGUCAUUUAUAAGGUCUACUUGGCUCAGACGAUGUUUAAACUCCUGAUGGUGACGCUGAUCUUGAGUUACAGCGUCCCUCUUCUGAACUCUCUCUCCUUCACCCACACGUGUCACCCUGACGAGCAGGCCUUGGUGGGCUACUCCACCUUUGAGUGUAUCCAUGUGCUCUCCUCCCUCCUACGCAAAAUGCUGGUGGCCUACCUGACUCUACUGGGGCUGUACGGCCUGCUGAACGUUUACACCCUCGGCUGGAUUUUACACAGCUCUCUACGGCAGUACUCCUUCCACUCGCUGAAAGACUUGUGCUCCCUGAGAGACGUCCCGGACCUGAGAAAUGACCUGGCCUUUCUUUUGCACAUGUUAGACCAGUAUGACCCUCUGCUGGCCCAGCGUCUGUCCGUCUUCUUGUCCCCCGUCAGUGAGAGCAGACUGCUGGAGGAAAGCGUGGAGCGGCGCUGGGGGGAGGAGAAGCUGCGUGCCAUGAUGAGCGUGGACGCAGACGGCUGCUCCAGACUGCAGCUGGUGGCGCUGCCUCGCCUCCCUCCAGCCCUCUUCACCCUCAGCCAGCUUCAGGUCCUCAAACUGGAGCUCAUCACAGAUGCCAGGUUUACUGCGCAGGUGUCCAGCAUGACCUCACUGAGGGAGCUCCACCUCUAUCACUGCACUGCAGCGGUGGAGCCCGGCGCACUUGGUGUCCUCCAGGAACGUCUCGAGGCGCUCCACCUCACCUUCACUCAGGCAUCGGAGAUCCCCAGUUGGGCGCUCUCCCUCCGCAGCCUGAACGAGCUCCACCUCUGCGGACGCCUGAGUAGCGACGGUGGUGUGGGCCGCAGCUGGGCACUGGGGAGCCUCCGCCAGUUACGUCACCUCCGCGUGCUGGUGAUUCGAGGGAUGUUACAGCGGAUACCUGGGGAGCUGUGUGAGGUGGCGGGCAGCUUGGUGAGGUUGGAGAUCUUCAAUGAGGGCACCAGGCUGCUCGUGCUGACAGGCCUGAAGCGGAUGGUGGACCUGACCGAACUGCUGCUGCAGGACUGCCAGCUGGAGCGUCUGCCCUCCGCCCUGCUGGCUCUCACCAACCUACGGACGCUCGACCUGCAGCAUAACAACCUGAGAACCCUGGAGGAGCUGCUGAGCCUGGCUCCUCUGCGACGUCUCUCCUGCCUCAGACUCGCCUACAACCGCGUCCUGGCGCUGCCGGUCAGCGUUGGCGUCCUGCGAGGCCUGGAGCUCCUGGAUCUAUCCAACAACCAGCUGCAGAGCCUCCCACCGGCGCUCUUCACUCUCCGCCGCCUUCGAAGGCUGCUGCUGGCUGGUAACCUGCUGGAGGUGCUGCCUGCAGACGUGAAGGCGCUGCAGCUGCUCACAGAGCUGGAUCUCAGUGGGAACAGAGUCGAGAGCCUUCCUCCUCAGCUCUUCAGUGGCUGUUUGGAGCUGCGCAUCCUGAACGUGUCACACAACUCUCUGAGCUCGUUACCCAGGACGAUCGCAGCUUCCAGGCAGUUGUGCAGGUUGGACUUGCGCAGUAACAGUCUGGAGGAACUUCCUGCUGAACUGGGCUGCUGCUCUGGGCUGCACGGAGGAGGUCUUCUGGUGGAGGACUGGUUGUUUCAGUCUUUGCCUCCCCAGGUCAGGGACCUCCUGAGCCGCUCCUGCUCUCCCUCUGGGACGUACUCAGAGGGUCAUUCCCGGCCAGAGUCCGACAGUUUCCCAUAUUUCUCCCCUACACAGUGGAGCUUCUCUUCUGCUCUGGAGUCACAGAUAUAAAGCCGCCUGCAGACUGUGACAAUUUUGCAAUCUUAGAAAUGGAUCUUAAUAAACUUGGGUACAACAUCAAGUCUGAUGCAGACUAUACGAUGACAUCACCUACUGAAUCA